AUGUGGAUCCAGCCGGAGGAGGUGCUGCUGGCCGGAGCUUUGUGGGUCUCUGAGCGGGCCAACCCGUUCUUCAUCCUGCAGAGGAGGAGGGGGCACGGCCGCGGGGGGGGGCUCUCCGGUCUCCUUGUUGGGACUCUGGAUGUGGUUCUUGACUCGAGUGCCAGAGUGGCUCCAUACAGGAUCCUGCUACAGACUGCAGACUCUCAGAUCUACUGGAACAUCGCCUGUGGCUCAUCCAGGAAGGAGAUAACGGAGCACUGGGAUUGGCUGGAGUCCAACCUGCUGCAGACCAUCUCCAUCUUCGACAAUGAUGAAGACGUCACCACCUUUGUCAAAGGGAAGAUCUCUGGUAUAAUCGCAGAGGAGAACCGGCUGAAGCAGGGGGAGGAACAGGAGGAGGACUGUGGGAAGUUUCGGGAGGCGGAGCUGAAGAUGAGGAGGCUGUUCGGGAUGCCUGAUGAGGAGAAGCUGGUGAAUUAUUACUCCUGCAGCUACUGGAAGGGAAGAGUCCCGCGGCAGGGCUGGCUUUACCUGUCUGUCAACCAUCUGUGCUUCUACUCCUUCCUGCUGGGCAAGGAGGUGACUCUGGUGGUGCAGUGGACGGAGGUGACUCAGCUGGAGAAAGAUGCUACCCUCGUGUUUCCAGAGAGCAUUCGCGUCAGCACUCGUCACACUGAACAUUUCUUCUCCAUGUUCCUUAACAUCAAUGACACCUUCAAGCUGAUGGAGCAGCUCGCCAACAUCGCCAUGCGUCAGCUGCUUGAUAAUGAAGCUUUUGCCGCCGACCGCUCGCUGCCCAAACCUUGCAAGACACUCAAGAAUGUCUCUGCACUCAAGAGGGAUCUGGACGCCCGGGCAAAGAACGAGCGGUAUCGGACAAUGUUUCGACUGAUGCAGGACGAGCGUCUGGACGGACACACGGACUGCACACUGUGGACGCCGUUCGCUAAGAUGCAUGUGGUUGGACAGCUGUUCAUCUCCAACAACUACAUCUGUUUUAACAGCAGAGAAGAAGACCUGUGUCAGCUCAUCAUACCACUCAGAGAGGUGUCUAUUGUGGAAAAAGCAGACAGCAGUAGCGUCCUGCCAUGUCCAGUCUCCAUCAGCACGAAGAACAAAAUGAACUUCCUGUUUGCCAACCUCAAAGACAGAGAUUUCCUGGUCCAACGCAUCUCCGACUUCCUGCAGCGAACGCCUGACAGCUCAUGGGGCGAUACCAACCCGCUGUCUUUGAUUGGUCAUUCGGCAUCCUCCAGCGUCCCCUCUUCCUCAUCUGCAGGAUCUGAGUCUGUCCACAGGGGGCGACAUUACCACCCCGGUCUGCCCACAGCCAGCCAGGGUCUGCUGCAGCUUUACCACCGAGAUGCUCCAGAGGAUCUCGGACCGAAAGCCAUGAAGGAGAAAAUGAAGGAGGAGGCAUGGAACAUCCACUUUUCAGAGUUUGGUCGAGGUGUCUGCAUGUACCGAACCUCCAGAACAAGAGAACUUGUCCUCAACGGGAUCCCAGAGCGCCUCAGAGGAGAGCUGUGGCUGCUGUUCUCUGGAGCGCAGAAUGAGAUGGCGACUCACCCUGGUUACUAUGGCGACCUUGUGGAGCAGGCCAUGGGGCUGUGUUCAUUGGCAACAGAGGAGAUUGAGCGCGACCUCCAUCGAUCGAUGCCCGAACACAGAGCUUUCCAGAACGAGACAGGCAUCGCCGCGCUGCGCCGCGUUCUCACCGCCUAUGCCCACCGCAACCCCGGCAUCGGAUACUGCCAGGCCAUGAACAUCGUCACCUCCGUCUUGCUGCUCUACUGUACGGAGGAAGAAGCCUUCUGGCUGUUGGUGGCGCUGUGUGAGCGGAUGCUGCCCGACUACUACAACACCAGAGUUGUAGGAGCUCUGGUGGAUCAGGGGGUGUUUGAGGAGCUGACUCGGGCCUUCCUCCCCCUGCUGUAUGAACACAUGCAGGAGCUGGGAGUCAUCUCCACCAUCAGCCUGUCCUGGUUCCUCACCCUCUUCCUGUCUGUGAUGCCGUUCGACAGCGCCGUCCUAUUGGUCGACUGCUUCUUCUAUGAGGGCAUCAAGGUCAUCUUCCAGGUGGCACUGGCUGUUCUUCAUGACAACAUGGACGCCCUGCUGUCCUGCAGUGACGAGGGAGAAGCUAUGACCAUCUUGGGCAGGUACCUGGAUAACGUUGUGAAUAAACAGACGGUGACUCCACCCAUCCCUCACCUGCACGCCCUGCUGACGAGCGGAGACGACCCUCCACCUGAGAUUGACAUCUUCGACCUCAUCAAAUCGUCCUAUGAGAAGUUCGGUAGCCUGCGCUCUGACAUUAUUGAGCAGAUGAGGUUCAAACAGAGGUUAAAGGUCAUCCAGUCGCUGGAGGACACGGCCAAGAGGAGCGUGGUGAGGGCGAUGAUGACAGAGUCGGCCUUCAGUAUUGAAGAGCUGGAGGAACUCUACUGUCUCUUUAAGUCCAAACACAUGACUAGCUGUUACUGGGGCUCGAGCAGCUCUGCGGCUGAGCGUCACGAUCCGAGUCUGCCGUACUUGGAGCAGUACCGCAUCGACCCGGCUCAGUUCACCCAGCUCUUCACUGCCCUUGCCCCUUGGAUCUGUGGAGGCCACACCCCCACUCUGUCAGCCCGUCUCUUCAGACUCCUGGACCAGAACCAGGACGGACUGGUCAACUUCAAAGAGUUCAUCACUGGACUCAGUGGGAUGUAUCAUGGAGACAUGACAGAGAAACUCAAACUCUUGUACAAGCUCCACCUCCCACCAGCUCUGUGUCCUGAGGAGGCAGAGUCUGCUCUGGAGGCGACACAUUUCUUCACUGAGGAUGAACCACAAGAAUCUUCCUUCUUGUCUGAUCUGGACAUUUUGGGGCAGCAGGAAGUGACAUCAGGUGAGGAGUGGAAGGAUGGAGGAGGAGAAAAUGAGGAGAAGAAAGAGGAGAAGCUGAAAGACUACAAGUACUACCUGAGGAUGUGGGCCAAAGAGAAGGAGCCCAAGAGAGAGACCAUCAAAGACCUGCCCCGGAUGAACCAGGAGCAGUUCAUAGAGUUGUGUAAGACUCUGUACAACAUGUUCAGUGAGGAGCCUCUGGAGCAGGAGCUCUAUCACUCUAUCGCCACCGUGGCCAGUCUGCUGCUGCGCAUUGGAGAGGUCGGCAAGAAGUUCAACAAUGGGACCAAGAAGACCGAGACUGCUGCUGCUGCACAGGCUCCGCCCCUCAUCCACGCCCCACCCUAUGACCCUCAGAGGGAGGAGGGGCCUGGUGAGGGGGUGUCAGGUGAGUCUCAGGUGUGCCAGGCUCUGGCCGAUGCCCAGCUGGAGCCAGCAGCUCCACAGACGUCUGACGAGGAAACCAAAGACGACACGUCGGUGUCGUCUUACUCUGUGGUGAGCUCCGGCUCACUGCAGUGUGAGGACAUCGCCGACGACACUGUGCUUAUUGGUGGCGAUCAGAGGCGGGGAAGCGUCCUGGAUAUAGAUUGGUCGAUCACCUUUGAGCAGGUGCUGGCGUCGCUGCUCACGGAGCCGCCGCUCGUCGACUACUUCGAGAGGAAGGGGGACAUCCAGAACAAGAUGGCUGCCUGUAAGGCCCAGCGGGCAGUGGAGCGUCAGACAAGCUCCGCCUCCGACCAUGAACUCACCCACCACUCCGUCUGACUCACAUUUACCUGUCCACCAGACUCAUCUAUAUCUGUCCGCCUGACUUACCUUUACCUGUCUGUGUGCCUCACCUGAUGCACCUUUACCUUUCUACCUGGCUUUUACCUGUGUUUGUUUCAGCAGGGACUCUCCUUGAGAGCAGAUCCUUGAUUCAAAAUCAAUCGGCUUAUUGAUCAGGCUGUUUAUGAUGACGUUAGCUCCUGAUUGGAGUGUCUCUGAUUACGUCACUCUGUUUUCAGCAGCAGACAGACUGAUUGGCUGGUCGGUCCUGCAGAGACACAGAGAAACACAUAAUCACUCUGAUUAUUAUUUUGUGAUGUAAAUAACCUGUGAUCUCACUGACUGACCUGUAAUGUGACAGACCCUCUUCUUUCAGGCUGAUUCUGGACUAAAUCAGACCACAUUCGAGGACCAGACUCUGGUCCAGAUUCAGAUUUUACUCUUCACAUCACACGGAGACUGAAAUCAUCCCCUCAGUUUUUUAAACUGGCCUAUUGAUCUGGUAUUGAUCUGGUAUUGAUAUAUUGGUCUUGUGUGUGCAGGAAAGACAUAUAUAAAGUCUCUGCAGGAUAAACUAUUCAGCUGAAAACUAGCAGCCACUAACAGACAGGGAGGUUAAGCAGGUAAACAGUAUGCUAACACAACUACAGAAGCCCCAAAGUCCAAAAUGGUGUUUUUUCUCAUGUUGAACAAUUGUUUUCCCACAAUUUAAAAGUCAGAAUCUUUUACAUCAGAAGCUCUGAAUGCUGAGAAAACUUUUCAUAUAAUCGUGUCUGUCAGUAAUCGAGUCCUAACAUCUCCUUAUUAAAUAAUCUGACAGUUCAGAGGGAAAAUCUCAACUUGUUUCUCAUACAAACUUGUUUCAGUUAAGUUUCUGUGAAUCUUCUGAUCCAACAUGAAGACAAACUGACCUGUAAAGAGGUGAUCCUGGGUCCUCUCACCUGAUGAUACAAGUGGUCAAGUUUAUUUCAGAAACUGGUCUAAAUGAGUUGAUUUAUUUUGGAAACAAGGCAGAACCGAACUGGGAGAGUUUUUUUUGUUGAUUUUAAGAAAAUAAAAGACUAACAUAAAUAAGGUACUUGACAGUUCAUUUAGAGGAAAUAAAAUAAACUUCUUUAAUGUUUUAAUGUUUCCGUUUCUGUACAAUUCACAUAUAUUAACUGUAUUAAUUAAAUCAUGAGGUAUUACUGAAUAAACUCAUUUAUCUGUUUCACCAGGUGAAGUCACACCUGUCGACUUUUAUUUUGGCGUCACUGAAGCCUUGUUUGUUUAUCUACCUGUGUGAUGACAUCACUCCUGUUUACUUCCUAUUGAAUGAUGAUGUCAGAGGAUGUUUCAGGUUUUUUAUUCCUUUUUUUCUCUGACAUCUUCUCUGUAUUUAUUUACCAACCUGCUUUUAAAUCCAUUCAUAUUGAUUAGUUAUUAAUCUGUAUUCUGUUGUUCUAAUAAAUGCUGCAGGAAAUCCC